AUGGAAGAGAUUCACCCCAGCCACCCGGAGCAUGAACUCGAGCUCAAAAGCUUUGAAAAACCCUACACGUGUGAUGGCUGCAAGCAGCGAGGCUUUGGCUCACGAUACAGAUGCGAUCUCUGCAACUUUAACCUUCAUAAAGAAUGUAGGUUCCCAAGCCCUACUGCUCAUCACCACUUCUUAGAGAAUUCAGCCUUCAAAUUACUAUAUCAACCUCCAGUUAAGAAAUGCAACUGUGGAAAUGAUUGUCCUAGAUGCUGUGACGCCUGUGGACAACCUGUGAAUGGUUUUGUCUAUCACGAUGAAAAGAACAACUGGGAUUUGCAUCCCUGUUGCCAAAACUUGCCCUGCGAGGUAUUAUUUGAUGGUGUUCGGUUUGAGCUUUCUGAAAAGGUGUCGUCAAAGUGCUAUUUCUGCGGCAAGACAAAGCCUGAAGGCACUGCAUCCGAAAUUGAGGGGUGGUCUUAUGUAUCAAAGUGCAAGAAAUUUAACAUUCAUGUGAAUUGUUUCACAGAAAUGAUUCUGGAGGGAUACGAGAAUAGGGCUUACCAGGAUGAUUAUAGUUUGGCUCUUCAGAAAUUAGAGCUUCCUCUUCAACGUCAGAAUAGAAAUCGAAGAAAUGGCAACAAAUUUAUCAGGAUAGUGAAGAUGUUCUUCAAAACCAUUGCAGCUAUUCUUCUUGGCGAUCCAACCAUAAGCCUUACUUGUCUCCUGGUGGAGUUCCUCGCAAAAUGA